UUCUGGAAGGUUCUAUAAAAAUAGGAUUUGAAACGCCUUGGUACCAAACGUUACAAUGACCAAGCAUUUAAUCGUUUCGGAGUCCAUCUAGCAUUAACGUAUUCAGAUAUUGUUUAUAUUAGAGAGCAUCGAAUGAAAGUAAACAUGGCAGACAAUUCUCACGUGGAUCUAGGUUUCGUUGAAAAAACAGACACUGGGAAAUUAUUAUGCCAAUAUUUUCCGAGCAAAGUCGGGGGAAAACCUGCCUGGUUAUCACUUUCACCGCUUCCAUCACCAAAUCAAAUUCUAUGCUCGAAAUGUAAUAGCCUAUGUGUAUUUUUACUCCAAGUGUACGCACCGAUUGAGGAUGAUGACAAUUCAUUCCACAGAACAAUUUUUGUCUUUCUUUGUAAGAAUGCGAACUGUCACCAGCCAAACUCCAGUGUUCCUUUUAUGGUACUUAGAUCACAGCUUCCCAGGGUCAAUGACUUCUACAGCCCAGAUCCACCAACACCUGUAACGCCUGUUCCUGACAAGGGGGACAAACUUUGUGUGGUGUGUGGAAUUUCUGGACCUAAAUGUUGUUCUAAAUGUCACUCUCGGUCAUACUGCUCCAAGGAACAUCAGGUUAUUGACUGGAAAAAAGGCCACAAACAAAACUGUGACGAGUGCAAAGAGGACAGAACUACAAACAGUUCAGAACAGGUUCUUUUCCAGGAGUAUGAAUUGUUGAUUGAAGGAGAAGAAUUUCAGAAGGAGGAAGAAAAGUCAGAACCAGAAAAGAAAGAGGAGCUUCAUUCCUUUCUGAAAUCAGAAAAGGCUAGCUCCCUCUUACAGGAUUGCUCCUCUGAGGAGCUGGAACGAAUGUCUAACCAGUCCGAGGACAAAGUCUUCCUCAAGUUCAGGAAGCGGAUGAACCAUGCUCCUGAACAGGUUUUGCGCUAUGACAGAGGAGGGUCUCCGCUAUUGGUAUCCAGUGACAACAAGCCAGACCAGAUUCCAAACUGUGACUGUGGAGCCAAGAGACAGUUCGAGUUCCAGGUGAUGCCGCAGCUCCUGUGUCACCUUGGUAUGGACCAGGUCGGGGACAGUAUAGACUGGGGCACACUCUGUGUUUACACCUGCUCAGCUAACUGUUACCAUGGUAACCAGUAUCAACAGGAGUAUCUAUGGAAACAAGACUAUUCCAAGUAGACUUGACUGGCCACUCUGUUUUCUGCAUCUAAUCAGUGCUUUUAAUCUGAAUUAAUUUUGUUAUAUUAAAGAUUGUCAAUUAUUUCAAGUGACUCAAAAUUUCUUACAUAAAGUAAACGUUUAUAGACUCAUAUUUGUUGAGAAUAUUAUUGCUUUAUAGAGAUAACAUUUAGAUUAUUCUUUAAAAUUUUGUUCUGAUAAGAAAAA